CUGGCCAAAAGCAGUUGCAGUUCAGAGUGCACGACGAGAUGUGAUUAUGCAAUCCUGCAGCAACGAAAACGGUACAAGUCGGCUCAUCCCAUCCCAUAGCCAAAGUCAAGACUCACGCCUUAAAAAGUUCUUUCCCGAGAUUUCAUUCGAUCGCGUUUAAUCAUCUGCUCGCUCGCAGAUCGAAGUAGGCUUACUCUAGUAGCAGAUCUACAUUUCUCUUCGCUUCCUACUAAGAUGGAUCGUCUGUUUCGGCGUCUCUACGCCUUUCAAGGAAUAUCAGCGGCUUUGCUCAGCAUCGUCCAUGCCUGGUCCAUUGGAUAUUCUUAUGGGAGACUUAUAUUUCGCUAUGGAUGGCAUGAUGUUGGACAGUGCUGGGAUCAGUAUCAUGACAUCGUCUGCUUUCAUUGGUCGUUUGUUUUUGCAUUGGCAGCAGUUAACAUUCUAACCGGAAUUGCUUUUCUUCGAGGAAUGUAUCAGCACAAGGAGCUCCUCUUUUUACCCCUCAUUUUAACUACUCUGGUCAACAUGGGAUUUUCCAUUACGAGAGAAAUUCUCUUAAGUUCUGGAAAAUUCAAACAUAAACGCCAUCCAAUUCGCUCGUUUGGAUCGUUGUAUCUUCUAAUGUUGGUAAUAUUGACGGCCAAGGUACUCGGCAGCGAAUACAAAUUAGCGCGAAAACGGAAACGGGAAGCCAAGGCUCGUCCCAUCGGAUUUAGGUAUUGUCAUGAAGUUUACUAGAAGAACGAUUGGUACACCGAGUUAGAAGAAAUCUAGAGUUUGUUUUGAUUAAGUCGUAAGAGCCAGCCGACUUGUUUCGAGAAAAUCGCUGUUGAAGUUUUGAAACACAUUUUCAAAUCUUGUAUUUUAAAUAUGACUCAGAAUUGUCUGAAAUAUUGGUAUACGAUACAAUAAUCGACGAGAAAUAUACCAGUGAGAAGGAUACAGGCUUAAAUUAAGAUGUCCGGGUAAACAAGUACUUAUGACCUUUUGCAUUACGUUUUAGGCGCAAACGUCGUUUCGCAAAUUGAUUAGUUUAAUCUUAAAGCAUGACUUAUUUCGUCCCAACGUUCGCUAAUUUCUGCUAACUUACUUCAAGUACUAAAUUUCUUACAUGGUAUGAUCCCUCUGGGGCAUGAUUCAAUUAUUGGCAUAUAAUUUGAGGAAAUUGUUCCAGUGUUAGUUUGUCAAGUAUCUCAAAAAAAAUUAAUAAAGAAAGAAGACUUACGUUUUAUUGCUGGAGCGUUGAUAGCGGGUAAUAUGUGCACUACAGAAUCCGAAGUUCAUAUGUUUUCUGUCGCUGUUCGGAGAAAAUUUAUCGGGCUGAAAAUUAAGUUUGGACUUAAACGUUUAUGGCAGUUACCCAGCAACAAGUAGAAGAAAUUUAUUUCACUACGAUAGUUCACGAUUCACUACAGCUCUGUUGAACGAUUCCCGUUCAUAUAAAUAAACUUUUCAGCAUUUGGCAAUGCAUUUCCUGCCAAAAUGCAAAACGUCGCAAAAACCGACCCGACGAACUGUUGUUUUGUGUCCUUUUGCAUUCACGGCAAUCCAGUGCUGCGCAAAACGUCGUUAAAACCAAAUUGCACUCGAAAACGAGAAAGUUAUUAUACGUCUUAAAUUCAAAUCAUGUUUUAAAAUUUAUUUUUCGAUUAAAUGAAACCAAAUGUUUACCUAACGUGGAAUACAUGUUUUUCAGUCGUUUGCAAUAAAUAACUCAAUUUUGUUUAUGUUGGUUUAUACGACCUAAUCAAAACAAACUCUAGAAAUAUUGGAAAUCAUUUGGAAGUUUGUAAACUUUUGAAUGGUUGUUGUUUUGUCUUCGUGAGGAAAGAUUCGUCGAGUGAGUGUUAAGUGUUAAAUUUGAAUAGUUUAAUGUUAAUCAUAAUGAUUUUUAUUAGUAAAACCAUAGUUCAAUAUAGUUUUAAUUAAAAUCGAAUGUGAAAAGCAUUGGUGAUAAAAUUUGUUUUUAAAUGGUUUAUAAAA